AAACGGUAGGUGGCGGUAUGUUUCUGUGGCGCUCAAUCCGCUAGUAUCUCAAAGAAGAAGAACAAAGAAAUCCUGAGAAUACUCCUGGCUUCGUGUACAGAUCGGCAAGUCGCUUUAAAUAAUUGUUCAUUUGAGCUUUGAGCUUCCUUUCAGUCAUGUAGUAUGACCCUACGAACGCCUUGAACAUUUAUGAUACAGAAAGAAAGAACAACGGAUUUUGUUCCCAUGAAUAUAAUGUUUGACCUAAAGUGUGAAAGCUCUCCAGGUGAAGAGGAAGAGACGGAGGGAGGAGAGGCCACUUUAACAGCACAAAUAUCCAGGAGUGCGAAUGUCUCAUCAGCGGAUUUAGACGAAUUGGAGCACAACCGGAACGAAUCUAGUACUAUAAAGCAAGCAUUAUGGGCAGUGAACUGUUUUAAAGCCUGGUUGCGUGAAAAACAGCUGACAGUCGACUUUAAAACCGUCGAGAAGUCGGAGCUAAACUCGGUGCUGCUCGAGUUUUAUGGCUCUAUUCGGACGAGCAAAGGAGAGUUGUACGGCAUCAGCAGCUACGUCGCACUUCGAACUGGGUUGAAUCGGUUCAUGAAUGAGCUUCCCCUCAACCGUGCGUGGAAUCUAAUUGAAGACACCGAAUUCAGGUCCGCCAAUAAUGUUUUCAAAGGCGUCGUUAAGCAGAUCCGACGCUCCGGUAGAGACACAACAACACAUUACCCCCCUAUUUCACCUGAGGACCAGCACCUACUGAAACAUUCUCCUGCACUGGACCCUGGCAACCCAAAAGGCUUAUUAAAUAAGGUCUGGUUUGACAUCCAGUUACAUUUUGGACUCAGGGGUAAAGAGGGAAACCGACACCUGCAGCCAGACUCGUUUACUCUGAACAGAGACCCAAACGGAUUCAAAUACUUCACGAUGACAUUAAACGAGGAUACGAAAAACAUGCAGGAAAGGGAGAAGAAAAACCGCAGGGCUAUGCAUGAAGAGCCGGGCAAUCCUCUGUGUCCAGUUGCUUCUCUGGAGAAAUAUCUGAGCAAAAUUCCAGCAGACGCAGAAGCGCUGUAUCUGCAGCCCAAAAGGAGGUACAUGGUCACCGAUGAGAUGUGGUAUACUGCAGUUCCUCUGGGAGUCAAUUAUCUGGCCCAAAUGCUGCCCAAAAUAUGCAAAGAGGCUGGCACCAGAACGACCUACACUAACCACAGUCUGAGGGUCACUGCAAUCCAAAGACUGACUGAAUCGAGGCAGACCAUGGCGAGAUGUGUGCAGAGUGUUCCAGUUGAGAUACACACUCAGUGGCAGCAGCAGGAAUCCGCUCCAUACUCCCCCAGCAGUGAACUUGACUCCAGCUCUGCCAGACAGGAGAGUCCCGUGACCAGCCACAGUUGGGUGAAACAGGAACCAGAGACUGAAUUCAUUCAAUUGGAAAAUAUGAACUCUAAGGCCACUGCUGAUGCUGAGAAGGACAACACUCUGGACAGUGCUGUCACUACGGUACCUUCGAUGGAGGGUUUACCCAGCAGUGUUAUGCUGACCAUCACCAAACUUCAGUGCCUACUGGAGAGCAAACAGGAGAGGAUUGAAGCUCUGGAGAGACAGGUGCAGGACCUACAGGAGGAUCGCAAGUUCCUCCGCUCACAGAUCAUGAACCUCACUGGCGCUCGCUUGGUUUCAGUGCCUGAAGCUAGCACAUCAGUGUUGUCUGAGUCCAGGUCACGGAGGAGGCGACGUAAGCGCUCGUCCAGCUCAUAUGUCAGUGAUGAUAGCAUCACUGAUGAAUCUUCAUCUGAAGAGUCCAGCAGAAUCAGAAAAAAGAGAUGCCACAAGAAGAAAGCGAAGAGAGCAGGGUGUGUUCCCCAUUCUGACUAGGUUGUGAUCAGCCUUUAUCAAAAAGAAGAGCAUAAGUAGGACUUUCUGCCCAAGUGCGUCAAUAAGGUUUAUAGGGCCCAGGAGAGUUUUUGAAGAAAAAGCCUCCAUAUGCCCAGGAUGACAGUAGACUGUGCCAUGAAGGACCUUAUUUGGGCCCUGCAUAUUAUGGCCUGGGACAGUGCUCCUGGCUGAACCUUCCCUGACAACGUCUCCAACACGGCCCUCAUCGCAGAACUGCACCAGAUUGCUAACAAAUCUGUUCGGGUCUGAUCAGGACUUGUGAGGAAUCAUACAUCCACUACGCCCAGCAGUGUGUCCUCUCUCCAGAGCAGAGCAGUUCAGGUUGUAAUUCAGUAUCCCAGAAAAGACAUACUGUAACAUCUGAGCCUUGCUUAAGUGGGUUUUUGAUUUCUGAGUACAUAUGAGUGAGGUCAUCUUGUUGCAUUUAACAGUUUGCCAAAUGUAAAUGAACAUUCUUGUACUGAUGUAAACAAUGAUUUUCAUUUAAAAACUGCUAUUGAAGACCAUUAAUAAAACCUAGGUUGGCCUACCAUUUGAAAUCACAACUGAACAGUUCUUUUAUGCUGAUGAAGCCCUCUAUAAAGAAUGGAGCAGAUGAGAGCUUCUGGAGACCUGCUGCUUAGCACUGCUUAACAAACAAGAGCAUUCUCCAUGACUGGACACCAGAGGUCGCUCUGAUACCAUUGUUGAGUGUAAAAGAGAGGCGUUGAAGGAAAUAAAAUGAGUGACACUGAAACAUGGUGGUGUUAUGCAUAUGAUGUAUCUCUUUAUGCUCACAAAUAUUAUUAAAUGAGUUACUGAGCAUUAUGUCUGUUAGAAUUUUAAGUGGUUUGUGUAGUAAAUGCACAGAUCUUUUAGAACUGUGCUUUUUUAAGUUGCUUCAACUUGAAUCAAAUACUAGAAACUGACAGGCUGGUAAGUUGGUUCAGGGUUGGAGCUGAACUCUGCUGGACAGUGGCCCUCAAGAGCCAGAGUUCCAGAACACUGCUGGGUUUUAUGUUUAAAAUGUUUGUUUUCAUGCUAUGAUUUUGAAUUUUUUUAAAAUGCCGGUCUGACAAGUUGUUUAACAGUUAAAUGUGCUGCAAGAGAUUUUAGCAAUUUUAGUAUCUCAAUGCACAAACUCUUGAAAACCUGUAUAGGCCUAUAUGUCAGUUCACUACACACUGACAGCGCCCUUGAAGUUCAGGAUAUCCUAUUCAUUAUGAAAGAAUCCAUUAAAAACAAUUAAAAGGUUCUUUUAUAUGGCUUUAAAGGGGUCAUAUGAUGUUGAUAAAAAGAACAUUAUUUUGU